AUGCGAGUGUUGUUCUCGACACUUUUUGGCAUUGGCAUCAUCCUGGUCGCCAGUCAACCGGUGUUAACGAACUUCCAUACUAUCGAGCUGUUGAUCUAUGAGAACAUAAAACAUCACGGCGCGUGGUCUUCUCAGGCGAAAAGCAGCAAGACUCUUGCCGAUGCUGUUGCGAACUAUCGCAAACGAUACAAUCAGCAUCCUCCACCGGGCUUUGAUAAAUGGUACGAAUACGCCACCAGUAGGUCUUCCGUCGUGAUUGAUGACUUUGAUCAAAUCCAUAUGGAUCUUCUCCCGUUUCGUGCAUUGUCUCCCGCUAGGCUCCGAGACCUGACGCGCGACUUGGCCACAAACCCAUUCAACGACAUUGGGGCGAUCAGCAUUAGGAAUGGCACGCCUAGAGUACAAGAGGGGAUCAAACCAACUCAUGCCUGGAUGGUCCUGGGUGCUGCCAAAAUGAUUGAAAAUUUUGCUCAAUAUUUACCCGACAUGGAUCUGGCUUUCAACCUAAACGACGAGCCACGCGUGGCCGUUCCCUGGGAGGAGGCAUCCAGAUUGGGGACGGAAGCAAAAUCCCAUGGCCCGGCUCCCGAUAACAGCGUAUUGACAGUAUGGUCGGCGGACCGUGGCAUGCAAUGGGCUCCUAUAGAGCCAGCCGAUCAAACGACCGAGACAGUUUUUACAGAUAGCUCCAUGCAACCUAUUUUCGACCGAUAUAUCCGCCAGCUAUGUCCUCCGUCGACGAAAGCUCGGACCAAACGGAUCUGGGACCGGCGUCAUAUGUGCCUGGACUGUGUGCGGCCGCAUUCAAUGGGCCAGUUUCCCCUAGAUGCGAACAGCAUGAGCGACAUAUGCCAUCAACCAGACCUUGCAUGGCUUCACGGGUUUUUCCUUUCUCCCGCAUCCUUCAAAGUAUCCCAAGUCUUGACGCCUGUUUUCAGCCAGAGCAAGGUGUCUGGAUUCAAUGAUAUCCUGUUUCCUAGCCCGUGGAACUAUGUGGAUAAGAUCAAGUACGAGCCGUCUGAUGAGUAUCCCGACCAGGAGUACGAGGAGAAGGAGAAUACGCUUUUCUGGAUUGGCAGCACAUCGGAGGGAGUGAGCCGGUCAGGGGAGUGGAAGGGAAUGCCUCGCCAACGUUUUGCGCACCUAAUCAACAACAAUACUCUGAGCCACGUAUCGGUCUUGCUGCCCGUUGAAGGUACCGACAGCUAUCGGUAUGAGGUCCUAGACGGCUCAGCUCCGACAAAUCUCCUCGGACUAAACACCACUGUUCACAUCCUGAAUCCUGUUCGAUGUGGCUCGGAUUGCGAGGCGCAGAAGGAAGAGCUGGGCGCCGCGUCCUCGGUAGAUUUCCAGAGUCACUGGAAGUAUCGGUAUCUGUUUGACCUAGACGGCGCGGGCUUCAGUGGUCGAUUCCUUCCGUUUUUACAGAGCCACAGUCUGCCCUUCAAGACUGGCCUGUUUCGACAGUGGUUAGACCGGCGGGUUACUCCCUGGCUCCACUAUGUUCCUAUUGAUGUCCGUCUGCACGGAGUUUGGAGCACCCUGGCGUACUUUUCCAAACUCGACGUACCAGUCACGGAAGACCCCGACGGUCAGCCCAAAGACAUAAUACAGCGACACGAUGCUCGAGGCAAGUAUAUUGCCGAAGAGGGCCGCAAGUGGGCCGAGAAGGCCCUGCGGAAGGAGGACAUGGAGAUCUACUUCUUCCGUUUGCUAUUGGAGUGGGGCCGCCUGACGGAUGAUAAUAGAGAUAUGCUUGGAUUUAAGAUUUGA